GUAUAUAUGUGCUCGGUAGUGUACGGUAUCAGUUAAUGUAUUAAUAAGUGGUUACCAUAUUUUUCAUCACAUUGCAAACAGACUCGGGACAGGGCGGUCAUUUUUUAAUAUUCGAAAUUCAAAUGUAAUUGGAAUACAUUUCGGUGUUAUUUUGUUUAGUGAAAGUGAACUGUGUUUUGUUUUUUCUAUCCCGAAGUUGGUGACGUGUUGGAACUAAAUCAGCAUGAACUCCGUCAUUGGUCUGAAUCCAAAGAAUCCCAGCUGGGAUUUGAACAAAAGCAAAUAUGAGGAAAUCGACGAGCUACCAUUUAUGGCAUCGCUGGGACCAGUCUUAACAAUCUUAGCCGUAUAUUUGGUGUUUGUACUAAAGAUUGGACCAGUAUUCAUGAGAAAACGAGAGGGUUACAAACUAACACAUUCACUUCUAAUAUACAAUGCUAUACAAGUCGGAUUAUCAAUUUAUAUGGUGUUUAGGUUUUUGUCAGAUCUCAUACACAUGGGCUUAGUGCCAAAAGAGUGUUACAUGAAUGAAGCCAGUUCGAGGAGUAGAAUCCUGACGAACACGUAUCUGUACUUAGCAGCGAAGCUCUCAGAACUAUUAGACACAGUCUUCUUCGUCUUAAGGAAGAAGAACAGCCAGAUAACAUUCCUCCACCUAUAUCAUCAUACUGUCAUGGUGAUUGGGACAUGGGCUUUGCUCAAAUAUUGGCCGUCACAUACUCUCAUAUUCAUCGGGUUCCUCAACUCGUUGGUGCAUGUGUUCAUGUACACGUAUUAUGGACUGUCAGCAUUGGGGCCAAAUGUCGCCAAAUAUUUGUGGUGGAAAAAGUACAUGACAAAGUUUCAACUGAUCCAAUUCGUCUCAAUCAUCAUUCAAUACGUUGCGACUGUAAGAACGUCAGACUGUCCUCCUGCGAAAGGCGUGGCCAUAUUUGUGUCAUGCAACACUGGAGUCAUUCUCCUUCUUUUUUUAAACUUCUACCGGCAGAACUACAACAAGAGAAGAUCAGGACAAGCCGUCAAGAAAGCUCUCCCAUCAUUAUGCCUACAAAAGGAGGACUAGUGUACGGUUAGCAAAUUGAGUGCGGAAAAGAGACUAUUUGCAAGAACAGGGUUGUAUUUGCAAAAAAAACAGUGUACUUAAUACAGCACUGAAUUGGAUCAUGGUUCACUAACAUCAGGUUAGAUCACGAACGUUGUACAGUGUUUUAAAUAUUUAAAUGAAAAGCAAAAAAUAUUCGUUGACUAUUAAUUAUUGUCAGAACACAAAUUAUUGGAAACUAGUGUGGUAAGUGUUUCGAGGCUGUGAAUAUUGUAUAUUGUGGUCCUAUAGACGUACUUCAUACAUUUCUUUUGUAACUUAGUAUUCAAAAUGCAUUUGAGAAAAGGAUACCCUGAAAUGACUACGAUAGGAUAUUGGUGAAUAAAAACUGAAUUGAGUAACUGGGUUUUUUGUCAUACCUUUAAAUGAUGUAAGGUUUUGGAAUUUGUUGCGGGCUACAGAAUGUUGUCUGAAAAUUGUUAAAGAAUUCUUACACUUUAAACCCAAUAGGAUGUCGCAAGCUGCCAACUACUCAUUAAAAUAUAUUUAUAGUACCUGUAGUAAUAAGAAAAAGUAAUUCAUCUUUGAUGUAACGUUCUAAUUCAUUUUGCAUUUUUAUGAAUGUACUGAAUGCGGAAGGUAUGGACUCGGUAUCUUGGAGUAACUUGUGUGGGCGAGGACCCACGCAAGUGCAGGUACAACUAGAACAAGGAUCUCCCAAUACGCUGAGUUGAUUGAUUAAUUUAUAGAUGAUGCAUAACCAUUCGUACCAAUACAUAGUAACAUUUAAUAUUUUGGUACGGUGGGAGAAUCCUCAUGGACAUCCACUCCCUCGGGGGAGUGAAUGGAUAGUGUCAGACUCUUACCGGCUAGACCUGAACCGCCGUGCUAUGUCAUCCGUGUUUUUGUGUCAGUGUAUCGCAAUGCAUUACAAUCCUUCAUACACCAAUACAUAGUAGCCUGCUAAUAUUUUCUAAAAUUCUUGAUUUAGCUCUUAUUUUUUCAAUUAUGACGAUAUAAUUUGUAGCCAUUUCGAUUGUAAAUAUUUAAUUACCUAAUAACAGACGACUGUUAAUGAUCAUAAUUAAACUUGAUUUGAUAAAUUUGGAAUGUGGACCAAAAUUAUUUGUAAUAAACUAUUUAAAACAAUACAUUAUAGCGUAAAAUAAAUAUUUUUAUCAGUUGUA